AAAACAAAAAAUAGGCAUGUGAUCAUUUUUUUCUUUCUGAAAUUUUGUGAUAAACGAAUUCCAGACUUUGCUGUAGGUGCUAUUGCCUAUCGGAUAGUCCUGAUCAACCGUCCUGAAAAUUAAACCUGAAAGUUCCUAUUAUUUAAUAAUUACUUAGAUCCUGGCUGUUUAUAAUAAACUUAGAACUAUACUGUGCCUACACACCGGGUAUCGAAGUUCCAGUCACGGCCAAUAAAUACAUGUGGAUUAACCUCAAGAACUAACGGCUCUACUUCAGUUCUGCAGACUAGGUGGCAUACCUCAAGAGAACAGUUCUACUCCCGGGUCAAGUCGGCCUUACGCUUCAGGUGUCACAACAAUUACCACACAACAAUAUCUGCAAGACACCGGAUCGUGUGACCGAGAAUUCCUUCUCUGGAGUUGAUGUAUUGAAGGGGUAUCCGCUGCUGUUGGUACUGUGGUUCUCUGGAACGCCGCUAGAGGGACGACAGCCAAUAGCAAACAGCUGCCUAACCGCUCACCGCUUAAAGAAAGAAUUAAAAGAAGAAGAAGACAAGGGGAAAAAAGAAGAGCGAUUUUUUAUAUCCUACACAGACCAGUUGUCCCGUGGCGGCUGUUUUUGCUUUUGUUUUUCUAAUAAAAAAUUCAUUUAAGGGAAACCAUUACAACGUAUUAGAACUUUACCUUAUACAAGAGGCUACAUAGAUAACUGAGCAAUCUAAUUUAUGCAUUGAGAAUGAGAAGAACUUGAACGGUGUAAACGUAUAGGAAUUACUGUGGCUAUAAUCAAAGAAAUCAACUAACAUCCUCCAUGUGCAUGAAGUGCAGUGAAUGUUUGCAAAAGGUGAAUGAGUAGAGCAGAGAAUAUUAGAAGAAAAAACAACUCUAACCAAGAAGUUUUUACCUCGACUCAAGACAUCAAGAUAAACAUCGGGCGAUAUAACUUGUAAAUGAUCUUGAAGAAAAAAAAGAUUAGCAGGACAAGAACAUUGGUAACACACAGAAUAAAGACAUAACAACCAGUCACGAUAAGUACAGGAAUAAACACAGAAUAUAACAGGAAGAGAUACAGGAGACAGAAGACUUCGGAUCUUUUGCCAACAAUACCUCGCGAAGUUUUCCAAUUGUUACACGAUAUUUCAACUGACCAGUAACUUUCCCAAUUCUUAACCACAAUCCUACCGAAUAACAGUCCUACUGCACCAAUCCAGAGUUGACUGUCAAGAGACCAACCUCUGCUUUCCAAACUACUGCUGGAAAGCAGAACCAACGAUCACUAUAAAUCCCAAAUACGACGAUAUUACCUUCAACCAGCGUAUACAAGAUCGGUCUGUCGUGGAUUUUCUACAGAACAACUCCAUCCUCAGCGGCGGAACCAGUAACUCCAGCACCCGCGCUUCCACCUUCAACAAUUACUUCUCUGAUUCGACACGGUUUUUUGACCACACACGCGUCAACAUUACGGACAUAACGACGACAUACACGACGCCUUUAGACCUCCGAGCGACGCCGAUACCCGACGCCUCCUCCAUGUCGGCAGACGUGCAGCAGCAGUCGGCGCGGUCCGUCUUCAAGAUGAACCCCGACUUCUGGCAGCAGGCGAGGGGACCGCCGUCAAUGCCCCCGGGGCCCAACCUGGGGCAGCCGCCCACCGGGGGUGGAGGUGGAGGCGGUGGGGGCGGAACACCGGCCACAGCUACCGGGGUACCAACACCGCCAGGCGUCGGAGGUGGUCUCAACAACACACCAAAUAAUACAGGUGUCAACAGCAAUCAGGGUGGCGGUGGAAAUGGGGGUGCAGGAGGCGGUUCAACAACUCCAGACUCCAAGAUGAUGACAGAGAAGCUAGUCAACGAAUUACAGUCGCGUUCAAAUUCCGCAAUAAGCGACAGAACGCUUGAAGAAUGCUGGUCGACGCUUCAACGAGUGAGUUGGCAUCUCUUCCGUUGUAUCUUCAUGCACAAAUCGGCAAUGCAGAUGCAUGCUCGGGAAGCUGUUGUCGCUCAUCGCAGCGAGGUGAAACCUCACCAGUGCCAACAGUGUCUCAAAUCGUUCUCGUCCAACCACCAACUGGUACAGCACAUCCGUGUUCACACGGGAGAGAAGCCCUACAAGUGUUCGUACUGCGACCGUCGCUUCAAGCAACUUAGUCAUGUGCAGCAACAUACCCGACUUCACACCGGAGAGAGACCCUACAAGUGCCACUUGCCUGAGUGUGGUCGCGCCUUCAUCCAACUCAGCAACCUGCAGCAGCAUCUGCGCAAUCAUGAUGCGCAAGUGGAACGCGCGAAGAACCGACCGUUCCAUUGCAACAUCUGCGGAAAAGGAUUCGCUACGGAGUCGAGCCUGAGGACUCACACGUCCAAGGUAGGGACCCAACACGCUGCCCUGAUUGGCGGUCCCAACGCCACGUCCUGCCCGAUCUGCCACAAGUUGUUCCUCGGCGGUGAGGCCCUCAUGGAACACAUGAAACACACACAUAAGGACCCCAAUGCUUCCGGAGUUGCAAAUCCGUAUUUAGCGAAACGGAGGACAGCCAACCACCCCUGCCCCGUGUGCGGGAAGCACUAUGUGAACGAGGGUAGCCUGAGGAAGCACUUGGCCUGCCACCCCGAGACCUCGCAACUCACCACGUCUCUCAGGAUGUGGCCUUGUUCCGUGUGCCAGGCCGUGUUCACGCAUGAGUCAGGGUUACUCAGCCACAUGGAGCACAUGCGGAUGGACCCCAAGCACCAGUUCGCGGCCCAGUACGUGUUGAGCCGAGCGGCCGCCGAACGCCGGGAGAGGGAGUCUCUUCUGGCGGCAGCCGUUGCAGCAUCAUCAGCUGGGGGCCUAGCUGGACUUGGAGGCGGCGGACCGUCGUCCAUGUGUGCCAGUCCGUCCGCGCACUCGGAUAGUUCCUCAGGAGGUGGCCGGCUCUCCAGCACGGGUUCUGAACCCGGCGGAAUCAUGAACAACAACAAUAACAACAACAAAUUGGGCGACAUAUUGGGCGGUCGAGGAGGCAAUGGUCUGCAGCAGCAGUACGGGGCGGAAGAGCUGCACAACGCGAGUCGCAUGGCCGCCAUGGUAGCCAUGGUGGGCCAGUCUUCGGCAGGAGUGUCAGGAGGCCUAGGGAGCCCCGGACCUGGAGGUAUCGGCGUCGACUCCAGCGCCGCGGCCGCCGUCCAGGCAGCGGCUGUGAACCUCGCAGCUGCCAUGAGAAUGGGCGCUUCAGGACUCGGAGGAGUGGGGUCUCCAGGUGGCAACAGUGGGAACAACGGCUCUGCUGGAGGCCCCGGUUCAUCGACCCCUCCCACGUCUGGGGACGGUGGCGUCUCGGCAGCACAGGCUCAGGCGGCCAUGAAUGCGGCUAUGCGCGCCGCGUCCAUGGCUGACUCCAUGAGGUCCAUGGAUGCAGCUAUGAGAUCUUCAAUGGCUGUAGACUCAGCAAUGCGGCUGGACUCCAUGGCGGGUCACCACCACGGCGGACCUCAGAGUCAUCACAAUCACCAGCAAGCUUCAUCGGAGGCGGCGGCCCUUAGGAUACACCAAGCUGAAGCACUUUUGCGGUCCCAAGCCGAGGCGGCACUCCGGCUAGCGGUCAGUCAGGCGGCAGCCGUCGCGGCGUCGAGUAACAACGCGUCCGCGGGAGGCGACGGAAAUUCAGCGGCGCUGCGGCACCACAAUAUGGCAGCUGCGGCACACAACGGCAGUGGUGGGAACAACAACGGAGGCGGCAUGAACCACCAUCAUGCACAUCACAACCAGGUGUCGCCCGACCUGAGCGAAGCCUUGCGGUUACAGGAACAACGGCUAGAGCAGGCUCUGCGACUUCAUGGAGGUGAUCCUCGUGCACUGGGCUUCAGCCUGUCCGGCACCUCUGGAAACUCACAGAACCAACAGCAGCAACAAAACAACCCAUGAAGACUUGGUUAUUAUUAAACCAAUAAUGCAGGAAAAAUUAAGCAUGGAAUAAACUAUAUGCAUGUGAAUUUAUAUAUAAAUAAUAUUGAAACUACAGGUAGUCCGAAUAAGUAGGGAAGAACAAAUUAUAUGUGUGAUUUUUGUUAUUAAAUAUAUAAUUUAAGACAAAAUGAAGAUAAUGUGCAAGUUUUCUGAAGAAGGGAAACGGAAUGCAAAUACUGUGUAACCAACUCCACCGUUAGCCAAGCAAGAUGUAGAGUAACAAAUGUACAUGACAGAUAGUAUGUUGUUACAAUUGCUCUGAGUGUCUGUACAUAUAUACACGUGUGUGUGAUUGUGAUAAAAACUAGUUUAUUUUUCCUUGAAAGAAACAACAAAAAAUGUUGCCAAGAUAACAAGAUUAGUUCGGAAAUUUUUUUCGAUCAAACAAAUGCAAAUAAAAUAUUACGAAAAUAAUUUUUUCCAUUUGGUACAACAAAAUAUUAAAAACAGAAAAUUUAAGCAAACACAAGCUGUCGAUGUUUUCAAAUGUUAACCAUUUAUUUUUAAAUAACAAUUCCUACUAUUUUCUUUAUAAAAAUCACCAGACAAUUAGUGAAAUGAGUAUAUAUAUAUUAUAUAUUAGUUAUUAAUAAGACUGCGCAAUUUAGUUCGAAAAGAAACAUUGGCUGUGAUUAUCAUUAUUUUUAUUUAGGAUAGAGUCAAAACUUUUUCAGUCUAUGAGACUAUUAUUUAUCGAAUUAGUUCCUUUUAUGUUUUGUCUUUAUGGCUUUAAUUUCUUUUUUUUUUUAAUCGAUAUUUAAAAAUAGCACGGGGAUUAGCCAUAAAACGGACAAUAUAUUUGAAGCAAUAUUUUAUUAGUCAGUUUCAGAAAGUGUUUAUCUUCAGUUCAUAAUCACAGUAGCUGCUAUUAUUAUGCGAUCUGUUUUUAGUUUGUUGCGCAGUUUCCGGUUAGGUUAUAUGCGUUCGACUUAAUAGUGUGUGUGUGUGAAUGGUUCGAGUGAAUGGUAGGAAGUCUUUUCUGUAUUUUUAACCGAAAUGUUGAGGAAACAAAGUAACAUCAUAACGCGAAAUAUUAUUAAAAUUGUGACAUUACUUUAUUUCGACAACACUCCCGUUAUAGCUCAACGUAAUCAUAGGAUCUCUGUACAAAUUGCCUAAAACUGAACUACAAAACUAUUGGAUACAGAACGUGACGUAAAAGCCACGUUAAUUUUUAUGUACAAACAAAAACAAUAACUACCUACAUUAAUAGUUCCGUAAUUUUCAGUUCUUUUGUCUCCAGUUGGGGUAAUAUGUUAAUAGUUCACAUAACAAUAAUCGUUCAUGUCACUUUUUAUAUGUCGAAUGCUACAAUACACAGUACAGUUACAAUACAGUUUUCUAUCAUGGUCGCCCUGAAACCAACCCUUGAUUGUUACCGCAAUGACAAACAUCGCGUGAUUUCAGAUGGCCUUGGUAAACACAAUAUUCAGUCAUGGGUUGCAUGCACAUUUAGUUGGUCGAUACACAAAACCAAUUUUAAAGUACCGAAAUAUGAUGAACACAAGAAUACAGUAUUGUUCAAACACAAGAACCGGAAACAACAUCAGUAAAUAUUUAUAAAACUGUGUUGCCAUGUUGACAUUUUGAAUUCAUUUCACUUUCAAGUUUGAAACUGAUUCUACCAGAUUAAAUAAAAAUUACAGUGUUUUUUAAGUUUGUUUUACCUAGAGGUCAACGACAGAAACUCUAAUUCUCAAGCCUAUAUAUCGGUUCGAAUCCAGAAUUUGUUAAUAGAGUCAGAAAAGGAAGGCAUAUACAAAAAAAAAGCUAGAACAAAAAUACUGGGAAGAGCAUUAGAAUUAAAUUUGAAAGAAGAAUAUCUAUGGGUUGAUCCAUAACAAGAUAUUUUAUCCAAGCGUUGAAAGACAUUAGGAAGAAAGGAAAGAACUGGCAAGAAAUUGAAAGGAAAGAUUGUGGGAAGAAGGAAGAAACAGGAGAAUUUUCAUUCAUCAUCCUUUAAUAAACGGAAAUGAUUCUAAAAGAAAAGGACUAAGUUUGAAGGUCACGAACUUCCAGAAAUACAAGGGAAUAAUUUGCAUGGUUGCUUCUUUACUUAAUAAAAACAUUUCGCGCCAUUUUGAAGGAUCUGUAUGAUUUAUUUCUUAGUUUAUUUCACUCUAGAUUGGAUGAAUACAGAAAUUUACAAAACCGAUAAAAUAACAAAUUAUGACCCCUUCAUAACUAGCCUGAAGUCAUUGUUCGGUGUUUGCUCUUCAAUACGCAGAAGAACUACCUUGUUUACUAGAAACGUAAUAUUGUGCAGGAUACUGGUUAUUACAUUGAGGAGUCCCGGCUGAAUGAAUCGGCCUAAUGUUUGUCGUGUUUCUUGAAAGUGAAUUUGACCAUCAGGUGUUCAGCAUGGCAAGAUAUUUUCAUUAACAGAACCGGUACACAUAAAACAGCUCAUACAUAAAUAGAACAUGUUAUUUUUAUUUUUGUGUGCGAACAGGACUGUGGAACGUUUACGGUUUACUCAUAACACCAUCUCGUAGCAUCUUCCAGUGAUUUUAAUUCCCAUUAAAUUGUAAAGUAGAUAUAAUACAUGUUUCUCAGGUUUCUGUUAGGUAUAAAAUGUAAAAUUUAUUUAAAAAAUAUCGUAAUAUAAUAUGAGAUAUCACUAACGGCAGCAGUCAUAAUUUAUGUACUGCACGGCUUGUAUUUACUUUAACAAAAUCGGCCACUUAGAUUCUAUAAACAAAAAGUUUAUUUCAUUUACACUGCGCAGGGAUGAUAUAAAUCCUAACUUCAAAUUUGAAAACGAGUGGUUUUUAAAAUUGCUCGGAAGAUGUUUCUGUUCGAAAACAAAACCUAAUAUUCUGAAUAUAUGUGUAAAAAGGCCAAAAUUGCAUGACACGACAUUGUUUCUGAUAUUCCAUUUCGAACUACAAACUUAACAACAAAAAUGAAGCUGCCUUAGUAAUAUGUAGAGAGUGUAGAUAUAUUGACAGUAAAUCGAAACAUAAAACUGUUUUGUUCUCACACCAAUGGCCUAAAAGCUGACGUUCAAAACAACAGUUAUUUUGCAAUAGCCAUCUUAUGUAACCACCUGUAUAUACAAACGUUCGGAUCAUUAAUUUUUUUACCACAAAUUAAAUAUCAAGCAAAUACAUUCUGAGUCCAACACUCAUGUUAUGUAUUAUUGUUCAAACACUUAUCAUAUGAUUUACAAUAGCCCAAUGCAUUUUGAGUCUGACACUCAAAUGUACCAUAUUACACAUGCCACAUAUGGAAAAAAUGUUUUACAAUAAGUUACAAUAGCCCAAUACACCUCGAGUCUGACACCUUGGUGUACCACAUACACAAACUUUAUGCGACGGUUUUUCCUGCAAUAGCCCGAAUGCAUAACGAGUCUGACACUCUUAUGCAAAUACAUACUCACUACUCAACUCUUUAAACAAAAUAGCCGCCACAGUAAUAAAUAUAUAAUAUAGAGUGUGACACUCUAAAUGUAUAUGUCUCAAAUGGAUAAAAAGUUUUGGGGAUAACUUUUCUUGCAAUAGCCCAAACACAUACGCAGUAGCAACACUCGUAUGUGCAAGCCACAGCGUCAUAGUAUAACCAGUACAUAAUAAGUCUGCAACUUUAUGUAUCAGAAUGAACAAUCUACAUGCUGCAGCCUGCUGUCAAUCAUUUACAAUAGCCCAAAUACAUAACGAGUCCCGUACUCUUAUGUACUAUAACACAAAAAAGGGUAUUUUGCCUGUAAAUCAUGUUGUGCAUAAUUGCUUGUCCCUUUAAAUGAGAAAGUGGAUGUAGAAGGAGACGAGGAACAGAGUUUCAAGCACACUUAGGGCCAAGUAGCCAAAGCAUGACAUGAUUCAAUGUCGUAAUGAGAGAAAUAUGCCAUGGUUUAUGGACAGAGGACCCUGGAACAGAAAUGUGCCACAAUUUACAAUAGUUAGUACACAUGCUGUGCAGUACAACACUGCAACGUGUCCACAAUACACUUUUACAAAAUGCUGCAGUUAUGUAGUAUUUUAAUAUAAAAACCAACAUCAAGGUGAAUCUCCACAGAUUCAUUGUAUCUACUUAUUUUAUUUUUUAAAAUAUCAGUUUUCCAUUGUAUUAUUAAAGAACGUUUAAAUCAUUGUUAUUAAAAAUACAUAGAGUCGGAAACUUGUUAUGUAAACUCUACACAAUAGCCAAAUACAUAUGCUAGAAGUGACAUAAUAUCACUUUCGAAGUGUAUGUACGACAUUUUAAAAAUAAAUUUAAAAUAAAUAGGCCUACAGUUGAUCACCAGUUGUGUUACCGGCACAAUUUAAUCACUUUUUGAUUCAAUUGUUUGGGAACAUGUUUAGCAACACAAUUUAAUAUAACACAAAUAAUUAUGUAAAGCAUAAUUAGGUGCAGAAGUAUUUAUGUUACCAGUUUACAUUUUUCUACAUUGUUUUCUCAGUAUCAAUACUGAUGUUUUAACAACUCUCAAAAUUCAAAAUUAUCUCAAGAGGCCUACAAAUGUGUAUCGAAAUUAUUGAUAAGCAAGUUUUGUUUUACAGUAGCGCUCAGCGUACUCAAUGUACGUCGGUUUUUGUUCAUAUCGUGGAUUCGUUGCGCGGUCUCAUCUUUAAUAACUGUUUGUUUUCUUCCAUUGUACAACAUGGAAUAUGUUCGUCUUAUACCAGUUUUUCAACCACUAACUAAGAUAUCUCUGUUUUAAAACUUGCAAUCCAAAAAUCCAUGAAAAAAAUGUAACAGAUAAGUUUUGUGUGUCCCAAAUAUGAAGAUAGUAUGAACGAAUGAAAGGUUUUUGGGGCAUAGAGUGGGGUCUUUUGCAAGGGCCACUUUUUGGGGUUUGGCUGUUAUAAGAUUUUCUCUUCUCUCGGCCACUCAUCUUCCAUCCAUCUUGAUUCGAGAGAUAGUGGAAUACAGAACUAAUAUUAAGUGACCCGUUGUACAGGAUUUGCUGGUCUAUUUUUUAAUAUCCCAGGCUUCCCCAUUGAUAUGUUUAACGCUAAAAAUGUAAUUUCAACCCAACUUAUAUAUAUUUUUACUGAAAGAAAAUUGUUACAUGUAAAAUUAAUAUUAAAAGGAAAUUUUCUAAUUUAAUAUACAUUCAGUUGGGUCAUUUUUUAGCUUGUGAAUGAAAAAUUACAGCGGUUUCACAAUUUUGUUUUUUAUUGUGAAAUUAAGUAUCACAUUUCCUUAAUCUGUACACGAGUAAGAUAAUCGGACAUUGCUGCUUGCAGCGAAUAAUACAGUUCAUAUUCCUAGUGAUGAAUGCAACAAAACAUUUUUAUUUAAAAACAACCAGUUCGAUAAUGAACAUAUUUUGGAAUAAAAUUUAAACCGAGAAAAUUAUAUCAAAUUUAUUAAACACCAUAUAUGCAAUAAUGCCCUAUUCCCACUCUAUUGUCUUCGUUCAUUCCUUCAUUACAUCUCUUAAAAGUCUGUGAACUUGCAACCAUGAAAAGUUGGUUCAUAUAUUUACAGUAUUUGUCGCAGUGGAACAAUUGAAUAUUGAGAGAAAUUUUGAAGCACAAACAUUAGAAAUGAACAUACAAAAUUUUUCCUGACGUACAUGAAAGCAUCUUCAAUAUCAGAACGAUUUUUUCUAUGGUUCUUAGACAAAUAGAAGUCCCCAAAUUAUAUAGAACGCAGUGGGAGUCUUGAAGAACGUAGACAUAAAACUUCGUGAAAGUCGUUCCGAGAUUUUAGGAAGCUAUAUUUUUCCUAAUCAUCAUACAUAUUUAAAAACCACUCACUCGAAUUAAGUUUAACUCAAAAGAAUCUCUCAGUGAGUUUCCAUGCGCUUUCCUUUCUCGGCAUGACAGAUACGCGUAGCACAUAACCGAUUUUAAACAAAAUCUGGAUUUAUUUUAAAAACCGGAGAAAUUAUGGGGCGUCCUAUUUGGCCUUGAAAGCCAAGUCACGCGACCUGAACAACGAAGCCUUCAAAUUUAACCGCUCACGACUUACUCCUAAGGAGUUAUGUCCACAAUGCAGUGAAUAAGUAUAAUAGGCAGGUCUCUGACUAAGAUGAACUGAAACUACAGACCACCGACAGUAAUAACACUUCCAUAUAUGGGCUAAAAUCAAUUACUGGCCUGAUGUCUACCUUCCCGCAAAAGGUGCGCACUUGGAAGUUUACUUACAGAAAAUUUCUGAAUUAAAACUUAAUUCAAGUGACUUUUUUAAUAUGAAGAAUCUAUGAAUAAAAAAAAAACUCAGCCUCUUAAAAUCGUGGAUUACGUUCCUGAUGUCAUAUGCCGUACAUAGGAAUAUGUGAAUGACAAUGUUAGAUAAUAUGUUUAUGAAAAAAAACUUAUUUUUUCAUACAAAUUUACUAAGUAGUGCAAAUCAACUGUAUCAAUAUAAUUCUAUAUUAUGAAAAUAUUAUGUUUCAAAACAAGCUUAUAAAAUAGACGGAAACAGGAUCGAAGAGCGUAUAUGACAGUAUUAUUUGAACUGUUCAAAAUUAUGUUUAUAGAAAGGUUAACAUUAAUAUUAUUAAGCACUCUUGGUGAUCUGGGUAGAUCGUCUCAAAUAAAUUUAAUUAGAAGCCAUUCCCAUAUUUUAUUGUAUAUUCUAUUUACAACUGAAAUGGAAAAGUAUGAACACACAUGCCAUCCGCAAACAAACAUGAAUGUCUUUAGAGUUCUCUGUACAUAAAGUGGUUAUGUUCCCAAGCGUACAUAACAAAGUAUUUCUCUGUAACACCAGGUUUCAGUUCUUACUUGUUACAUGAUAAUAACUGUCCGUAUGUGGGCUGCACAAGCCAGCUUCAAGAAUAGUUCAAUAGUACAUGUAUAUCAUUCUACACAAUUUAUUACAAUAUUGCCACUAACAUUAUAUAUAUUAGCAGUAGAUUUAACGUGCAUGUUAUAAGCAAAGUAGAUAUUUACAAACAUAUGUAGUACAGCUUCAAGGCGCAUGUGUGUUCAGUUUUCAAAAUGGUUUGCAUUGCAGCAUUUUUUAAAGAACUUAAACAGCCUUCGUGACAAAAGAUUUCACAUAAUACAUUGCAUAACUUUAUGAAACGCCUAAUUGAAUUUUUAGUUUAAGAAAUUUUAGCUUGUCCUUGUAACUAACUAGUUUAAAGAUGUGAUAGAAUAUGUCUUCCAGAAUUAUAUUCACUUUUCCGUAAUUCUAAAAUAACGUCUGCAAUUAAGUUUCUUAAUAUAAGAGCCAAAUUAAUUUUUACGUAUUAUGUUUCAUUACUCUGUCAUAUAAGCGUGCUGCGUUAAAUGUGGCAGUAGGACAUUCAGAUUUGCGAUAUCUUACUAUGUUAAUCAUGGUAGGAAGACAUUAAAAUUUAUUACUUUCAAGUACGUUCAACCUUGUAAAGCAUUAAGUUAAUAAUUUCUGAGUAAAUACAAAUACAUAAAGGAAGAAAAUUUAUGAAUCGUUGCAUUAUAAACAUUCUUUCUAGCAAACCUCAGAGAAUACAUACAAUAAAUAUGGAAAUGAUACUAUGCGACACUUCUCAAUGUUCUUUUGUUCAUCUGCACAUUAAAUACCGCCAUACCAUUUCAGUCCAAGUUAAUUAACAGAUAAGUUUUGCUUCCAUCUUUAUUAACAUAUAGUUUACAGGAUGUUGUAGUCAAAUAGUUUUUAAUUAAUACAUAAUAUUACAGCUCAUUACACCAUAUACAGUUGAAAUGUUUCAGAACAGAAUAAGAUAAAGGUAUACUGUUAGUUCAUUGUUCUACGUUGUAGAUAACUCGCAUUAACCAAAUCCAAGCAGUUAUAAUCCACUGUAUGGUGUUCAGUUAUGAUUAUUACUAUAUUAUUAUUAUUAUUAUUUACUGCGACUAUUACUAGUUAUAACCAUUAUUAAUACCGUUAAUAACUUACUAUUAUUAAUCCAUAGUGUUCUGGAGUAAAAUGCCAACACAGGUUUCCUAGAUAUGAAUAACACUCAUUUCAUUUUAAAUGUAAAAUUUUAUCUAGUGCUCUUUUAUGGAAAAAUUAAGCGUGCAGUCAGAAAAACUUGUAAAGAGAUUUUUUAAAAUUCAUGCCUUAAGGAUAUCUAUAUUAAUUACAUGUACCAAUAUAUUCUUGGAAACUGUAUAAAAUAUUAACGGAAGGUUUCCUUAUACCUCAAUGAUUGCUGCAUAUUCAUUUACACUUCCAACUGCAAAAAGUUGGUUACGAAGGAACUUCUGAGAAACUUAUAUAUAGAUAUAACACCGUAUGUGCUGGUGCUUUAAUUCAUUACACUGUAAGAUUCUAGGUUAUGUUUAUUAAAUAAUUAUAAACAUUGCCCAACCAGUUGUGUUCUGCUGCAAAUGAUUACCAAAUUUAACCACAUAUUUUCAUUGUGUUUACUUCUGGCGUCAUAAACACAAAGUUAAGUUUACCCACUGCUUUUGUUCAUGUAUUGAUUGGAAAGAAACAGAAAGAAGAUGUUUAAUAGAUACAGAUUGUUCUGCAGUAACAAGGCUAUUAGAAAAUAAAUUGACCAGUAUUUUCCAAGCGCAGAAAUUCAGGCAUGUAACUGUAGUUCUGUCUGUGAGCAGUGCUAUAUUACUAGUGUUUACGCGAAAAACAUAGUGAUUGUAUUGAUUUCCCGAGUAACUCAGGAAGAUUGUGCUUGUGCCACUGGAUUGUAACAACAUUUUUGACAGCAUAAUGCAUAGGAAAAUAUAAAAUCUUUCGACUGGGAUAUAUAUAUAUGAAUAGAAUUCCCACCUGAUAGAAAAUACAUUUCAUUUUCGAAGAUGGUUGAUGAACAAUGUUUAUAGAAAUGACAGCUCUUUGUUCAGAUAAUCAAUCGAAAUUGGAACUGCUUGGUAAAAAAUAUGAAUUGUUGAUAAUGAAAACACGCGGUACGCAUAAUUACUAGCUCACAAUAAGGAGUUGUCUGUAUGCUAAUGAGGAUAUACGAUUAAUUACGUCAUCAUUGCAGUCAUCUUCUUUCAUUCAUAUCCAAUCAUUACAUAUUCUGCAACCACUGAAGUUUCUGUUCUUACAUUUUAAGUUCCUAUUAUAAUCAUUAUUAUGUAUUGUAACAACCAUCUUAUUAUUGUAUUCAUUAUGUUUCACGUAAUGUUGUUUACAACCUAGACUUUUUGUUUUAGGUUAUAAGUUAUGUACGUAUGUUUGUUUGUAUGUGUGCGUGUGUUUGUUGUGCACAAAACAUGAAUAUUUCAGAAAGUCUGAUUUAUUUUCUCUGUCUUUCAAAUUGUAUGAUUUGUUGUUAUUAUAUAUUGUUGUACGUGUAAUGCUUUAGUUUCUAAAAGCAAUACAGGUAUAUACAAAGCUAUAGUAACUUCAGAAGUGGUACUUACUUUCUUUUUAAGAGUACUAUAUAAUAAUUUGGUGCUGUCUUUAAUUUAUGUCAAAGAUGUAGACGAAUGAAUGAGAAUUAUUUUUAGAAGGGGGCAUAUUUUGUUAAUUUUACAUCAGUUUUGCUUAAAUGUAGAAAUAUUAUUCUGUUUUAAAUCGUCAGUUGUUUGCUGUUGUGAGGAGUGUUUUGUUAAAGUAUGACACACAACGUGAAACGUGAUUUGAAUCACACUGUGGCACAUGUGGACAAAUUUGUUUAAAUGUUUAAAGUUUUGUCAAUUUUAUUUCACAUUCAGAUAGGCAUUUGUCAUCAAUAUGUAGUUGAAAUGAUGUAGUUGAUUUUAAACUUCAUCGGUCCUUCCUGUUUGCAGGAAAGCGUUUUAAAAGUAGUAUUUUUUUCUCUCUAUUACGAACAUUGCUCCUAGUUCAGCCUUCGUAGAAUCGUUAGCUUUUAAGUGAUAACUGAAUAAUUUUGUAAUUUGGAAAAUUUUGAUAAGAGGUCUCUAAGAGAAAAUUUGUCCGAAAGAAUACAAUAUACCACGUUUUGUAUACCAGGCAACCAGAAGAAAUGGCAUGAAAUUAUCAGUAUAACAACGAUUACUCCUUUGACAGCAUAUUUCAUAUUUUGGAUAUAUAGACACGAUUUAAAAAUUUUGCUUUGAUUACAUUUGUUCUUACACAGAAAGUUGUAGUUUUUGCAAAUAGCAUUAUAAGUUUUACUGUCGCUUCUUAUAUAUAAAUUUACUUCACGGAAUAUCAACACAAGAAAUACAUGUCAUGAUGAUAAUACGAUUCACGAUACACAAGUCAAUUGCGUACAUUGAAAUAAGAAAAUAACAAAACACUCCAUCGCGAUGUUCAACUGUAGAAUUAUGACUUUAAUGUUGUAAAUCAUUGUUAUUAAUGUUAAUAUUGAAAAUUGCGUGAAAGAUUUGUUUUUUAGCCCAAAGUUAUGUGCAUAACUCAAGUCUUGGUGAAACACAAUAUAGUAUGUAUAUUAAUUAGGCAGUCUUAAAGUCCAAUUGAUUGAAUGCAAACUGGGCAUGUUUAAAAGGGUAGUAGAAUACAUGAGGGCGUUCCUAUUAGAUUCCUCAUUUUGAACGGCUGGAAAUGAAGAGAUUUCUUGUUGAGGUGCGCAUUUUAUCAAAUCACUGCAUUUAUUUCAAUCUUGGUCUGACUAAUGUGUUAUUACACAGAAACACAUCUUUAGCCUAAGACAAAAGUGUAGCAUCCUGCCUUUAUUGGCGGAUGUAAAUAACAUCUGUCAGUAACUAUUGUGCGAUUUGUUUCAGUUUUUCUAAGGAAAGUUUUUUUAAGAAAAGAAAGAUGAUUAUUGGAGCUUGCAAAUAACAUUUGCAACAUUGAAAAGUAAGAAAUAUGUUUUAUCUUGUGCUGUUGUGUGUGGGUGUCUUUAAAUGUAAUAAAGUUUAAUAGAAACUUUGAAGCAGAGAGUGUAGUUGUUUUUUGUAAUGAAUGGUUUCUCCUCAAAUAAACUAACAGACACAUUGCAUUUAA